ACCACCGCUAAGGAUACGCGCGACGUACUAACGCCGUCGCACCGCCGUUGUGCACAACCAUUGGAUUACUUUUUUCUAAGGCAGGAUGACUUCCAUAUACAACAACACCGUCUACAAUGGCCUCACGAGCUACUGGGACUUUCUCUUCACAGAUCUCGCCGACCCCCGCACCAACAGCUGGCCUCUUAUAAGCAGCCCAGUCCCUGGACUGACGAUCAUGGGGGCCUACCUAUACUUUGUCUUGAACUGGGGCCCAAAGUACAUGUCGCAUCGCAAACCCUUCAGGCUGACCAACAUCCUCAUAGUCUACAACUUCCUACAAGUUCUCGUUAGCGUCUGGCUGUUCUGGGAGGCCCUGGAUGGUGCAUGGUUGUACAACUACAGUUGGAAGUGUGAGCCUGUCGACUGGUCUUGGACACCCCCCGCUCUUAGAGUCGCCCGCGGUUUCUACAUCUACUUCCUGGCUAAACUCACCGAACUUUUGGAUACGGUGUUCUUUGUGCUACGCAAGAAGGACAAACAGGUGACAUUCCUGCACCUGUAUCACCACACAGUGAUGCCAAUGAUCUCGUGGGGCGCCACCAAGUAUUACCCCGGCGGCCAUGGCAGCUUCAUCGGAAUGAUCAACAGCUUCGUGCAUAUAAUCAUGUAUACCUACUACCUGCUAGCAGCUCUGGGGCCCAAGUUACACCCUUACCUGUGGUGGAAGAAGUAUAUUACCACGCUUCAGCUGGCCCAGUUUUGCAUAGCCUUCGUCCACUCCCUCCAGCUGCUGAUCUACGACUGUGAAUAUCCACGGUUUUCCCUCUUCUUCAUCCUUCCUAACGCAAUCUUCUUCUACUAUCUGUUCAACGACUUUUACAACAAAGCCUAUCCAGAGAGAAUGCAACAGCUGCGAAAGCAGAAAGAACAAAAAGAUACAAAGGCAGAGUAAAUGAAUGAAUGGUUGUCAGAAGUGGCAUGAUGUUGAAAAUGGGGUUUCCUGAGAGUUCAGCGUGAAUGAGGAAGUCAUACCCAGUUUUCAGGCAAUGAUUUUAGGUUAUAUUUUUGUGACGACACCAAGAAUCUGUGAUUCACGGUAAAAAAAGAGGAAAACAAACUAAUGAUAACGACUUCUCAGCCUUGAAAAGGUUUUUCCCAUUUUGUUUAUAAAUUGCUUGUUUACUGAUUCAAUGGGGAAUUGUGCAAUUAUUGACAAUGAAUAGAACCAGACCUAAUGAGAUCUGGGGAUCUUAUGAGUGAAACUAAUUUUGCAAGAUGUAGACUUUUGUUUACAUUUAGUGGUUCUUCUUGACCGUGUAGCUAAAAACUCAGUCGCAGAUAAACUGUGGUUGAUCUGGACACUAUCAGUGGUUUAAACUAUGCACAGUACUUGGAUAAACAAUGGUACAACCUUUACAAUAAUCUUGGCAGUGUAUCUAAAGUCAAUGAUGCAUCCAAGACAACGACCAUUAAGGUAAUAAGCAGAUUUUUCAACUAAACAAAGUCAACUGGAUAUCAUUAUGUGAGUAGAUUGUUGGAGCAAUGUCGUUCUGUAAAUUGUCAAACUUCAAACUUAUUGUUAUUCCAAAGACUACAGUUAAUUGUAAUGCCGUUUUGUUUACUUAAGUUCAAUUAAACAUGUUUGUACUAUAUGACGAGCCAAAAAUAAUACUGAACAUCCUAGUAUAGUACAAAGAUAAAGACUGUUUCUGGGUAGAAAUAUUUAUAUGCAGAUUGAAUGUGCUAGUGUAAAACACAUAGAACAAGAAAUGUUUAAACUUACGUUUUUUAUAAACACCACGACACAGACUCUAUAUAGAGGAAGAGGACUCGUGUAACAUUAAAAAUACCCCCGCCGCAGCAAACCUGCAGACUAAGCGAAUUUCCAUUUGACUGAUUGGAUUUACACUGAAAUGUCUACUUAAAAAUAUAACAUUUAUUCUCUAUUUAAAUAUAAUUAGUUUAACUAGUACUUAGGUUUGCUGCAUCAGGGAGGGUAAAACUGUUUUUUUUUUGUAAAACGUUAAUAGUUAGUAAGAAAUAAAAACAUUUUCCAAAUUUGAUCAAAAUAUGUUCAUAAAC